AUGUCUACUUCAGUACAAUUAUCAACUCGUAAGUCUAAUAGAAUUAGAAACUUAACACCUAAAGCAAUAACUAACAAUUUAAAUUUUUUAGUUUCAUCACAACAACAAGAACAACAACAACAACCAAUAAAGUCACUAAAAAGAUCUAGUGAAGAUAAUACAUCUACUAUAGAUUUGAAAAAAAGGAAAAAAUCAAGUACUAUAGAAGAAGAAGAAGCAAAAGAAGCUGCCAAUACUGAUAAAAUAGAUCCAGUUGAAAAAUUAUUAUCAUUAACAAAUAUGAAUAAUGAUUUUAUAUUAGAUUUAGAUAUAACAGAACCAAAUUCACCAAUUUCAGAUUCAAUUAAAAAUUCUUCUUCCAUAUCAUCUAAUGGUUCUAUAUCAUCAAUUAUUCCAACUAUUUCAUCAAAAAGAUCAUCAUCAUUACAUUCACUAAAAAAUUGUUCAUAUAAUUAUGAAGAUUCAGAAGAGGAUGAAGAUUUAGAAGAAGAUGAAGAACCAAUUGAAAUUGAAUCUGUAAAUUUUACUCAAAUUUUACAAGAUAAUAUUAGAAAUUAUUAUAAAUUAAAAUUACAAAAUCAAUACAAAGAUUCUUUUACUUUAUUAAAUAAUAAAAAUUUAAAUAUUUAUUCAGGAGAAAAUUUAAAUGUUAUAACUAAAGAUUCAAAUAACACCACUGCAACACAAUCAUCAUCAUCAUCAUCCGUUCCAUUUUUCAAGAAUGUAAAUUUUGGUAGAUUUAAAGAAUAUUCAGUUGAAGAUUUUGUUACAUAUGGAGAAGAAGAGGAGGAAAAGGAAGAAGAAAAAGAAGAAAAAGAAUUACAAGAGCCAAAAGUGGAACAACCAAGUAUCAUAAACGCACCAAUCGAUUCAAUAGAAGAUGAAGAUCCAAUUUCAACAACAGUUUCACCAAUAUCAUCACCAACUACAUCAAAUAUAAGUCUUACUACUUCGACCAAUACUACACCAGCAACAACCUCCCCUAUGAAUUCAAAUUUAUAUAUUCCAAAAUUAAAUAAUAAUUGGUUUAAAAAUCAACAAUCAUUAUUAUCAUCAUCAUAUAAUCAAUCAUCAUCACAAUCAUUAAAUUUUGAUAUUUCAAAUGCUUUAAAAAAACAUAGUUUAUAUACUGCAAGUGAAAUGGUAUCAACUGGUAAUUUUAUGAUUAAUGAUUUUUACCUUUAA